GAUUCUAUACUGCCUGGUUGCUUCCUGCCUCAAUUGUCGGAGUACUGGUAUUUUUAUAUGGCUUCAUUACAUUCAACGACAACAUCCCAGCGAAUGAGGUCUGUGAAAGUGGACAACUUUAUAAGAUGUGCCCUGUCUGUGAUGAGGACAUCGGCUGCGAGUACUGGUUCCUCAGUGAUGUUUGCCUGUUUGUGAAAAUUUCUUAUCUUUUUGACCACCCAGGAACAGUGUUUUAUGCUGUCUUUGUUUCUUUCUGGGCUGUGACAUUCCUGGAAUACUGGAAGAGGAAAAAUGCCAGUUUGUCUCACCACUGGGACUGCCUAGAUUUUGAAGAAGAGGAGGAGCGACCCAGACCAGAUUAUGCAGCCAGGGCCACAGAUGUGAAAGAGAAUCCUAUCACUGGGAUUAACGAGCCUUACUUUGAUCCCAAGAAACGAAUACCAAGGAUUCUUUCCGGUGUUGCAGCCAUCAUUAUUAUGAUAUUCCUUGUACUGAUUUUCAUUAUUGCUGUCAUCAUGUACCGAGUGUUGAUAAGCAUUCCUCUCUUUGAGAACAAGGAACUGCGUCCAAAAGCUUCAACUAUUGCCAGCAUGUCUGCUGCUGUUGUCAACUUGGUGAUCAUCAUGACACUGGGCCGUGUGUAUGAAAAGCUAGCUCUCAAAUUAACUCAAUGGGAAAUGCACCGGACACAAACUGAGUUUGAAGAUCAGUUGACUUUUAAAGUUUUUAUUUUCCAGUUUGUCAACUUUUAUUCUUCCAUAAUAUAUAUUGCCUUUUUCAAGGGAAAAUUUGUGGGAUACCCUGGACAUUACAAUACAUUCUUUGGACUCAGAAGUGAAGAGUGUAACAAUGGAGGAUGUUUGAUAGAGCUUGCCCAACAACUUGGGGUUAUUAUGAUAGGAAAACAGAUCAUUAACAAUGCACAGGAGAUCAUUGUUCC